CUUCUCAUCAGUCGGGAAGCCUGGAUUGUAGGCUGGGGGAAGCCACAGCCUCUCCUACCUGGUACCCACUGCCCCCAGCACCUAGGCACCAGCUCUGGGCCCUGAAGCCCCUUAAAGCCACCAGCAAAGCCCUAGAAGACCAUUUACUGGUACGUGAACAGAGCCAGAUUUCACACUGAGCAGCUGCAGACGAGGAAAUCAGAGACAGCACAACCCAGCCCCAGAUUCCAAGGGGCCUGCUGGGGACUCUCUCCUCCUGCUCGGGCGGGAAGACCCCGAGGCCGCUGUCUCAGGCCAGGUCCUGGCUGCCAUGGGACGCGCAGCAGCCGCCCGCUGGCUGCCCUCCGCACUGCUAGGCAGAUAAGGGCGGGUGCUGCCCCAGGAGCACCUGCCGCCCCCUGCCGGACCCCUCCGUGGCCAGCCCUCCCUGACUUUGGGCCACCUCUGCUGACCCGAGGCCAUGUAGGCCCCACUCGGGCCUCUGUGGAUAGACACACCGCCGGGGACACCGCCUCUGCUCUCUGGGGGACCCAGCAUACCACCAUGCCCCGGGGAUUCGCCUGGCUACGCUAUUUGGGGAUCCUCCUUGGCAUGGCAUUGGGGAAUGAGGGUUUGGAGGUGUGGCCCUUGACCCAGAGCGAGGAGUGCGCCAUCACCGGCUUUCUGCGGGACAAGCUGCAGUACAGGAACCGCCUUCAAUACAUGAAACACUACUUCCCCAUCAACUACAGGGUCAGCGUGCCUUAUGAGGGGGUGCUCAGAAUGGCCAACAUCACCAGGCUGCGGAGGGCCCGGGUGAGCCAGCAGGAGCUGCGGUAUCUGUGGGUCUGGGUAAGUCUCAGUGCUACCGAGUCGCUGCAGGAGGUGCUGCUCGAGGGCCACCCGUCCUGGAAGUACCUGGAGGAGGUACACACCUUGCUGCUGGAUGUCCAGCAGAGCCUCAAGGAUGUGGAGGUCAGCCCCAAGGUGGAAGCGCUGCUGUCACUCCUGAGUGCCCCGGGGCUGAGCCUGAAGCUGGUGCGGCCCAAAGCCCUGCUGGACAACUGCUUCCGGGUCAUGGAGCUGCUCUACUGCCCUUGCUGUAAACAUAGCUCCGUCCUGAACUGGCAGGACUGUGCGGUGCCAAGCCCUCAGCCCCACAGCCAGGAGUCCCCGUCGUCACAGUGUGCGGCUGCCCAGCUGUACCCUCCACCCCAGCAGCCCCCCACCUCCCUGCCCCGCUCCCCGGGACCCAAGGCUGGACCCCCAACUCAGUGACACUGCCGGGGACACGGAGCGAGGCCUCCUGUCCUGCGUGGCCUAUAUGGUGACCUGGGUGGGGAGGCUGGAGGGGCCCCAUGGGAGUUCAGCUGGGCCUGAGACUUUGCUGGGUGGUGGUGGGGAGCCCCCUCCCACCCCCUGCCUUGGAGAGGAAGCCCUGGAAGGAGGUGUUUCCUUUGGGGAGUCUGUGCCUGAGAAGGGCUCAGCUUCCUGCCUUCCGUGCCUCACAUGGUCUCCCCUGGAGUUGCGGGGACCUGG